AAUGUAAGAUGGCGCCCAGGGAGCUGUGAGGGGAAAAGACUCGGGGCCGAGGCGGCGACGGCGGCGCGAAGCGACGGCGGCACCGGGGCCGGGGUGAGGCGGAGCCGGGCCGGGCCACGCCGCAGUGUAGCGGGACCGCCGGGCCGGGAGUGGAACGUUACAAGUCUAAGAGCUCAGGACAAGAGCAGCAGAAAUACAUGCAACAUGGUGACUGGAACCCUAAGGACCUUGCAAUAUGAAUAAUUCUCUGGAGAACACCAUUUCCUUUGAAGAAUACAUCCGUGUGAAGGCAAGAACAAUCCCCCAGCACAGGAUGAAGGAGUUUCUGGACUCCCUUGCUUCCAAGGGGCCGGAAGCUCUGCAGGAGUUUCAGCAGACGGCCACCACCACAAUGGUCUAUCAGCAGGGUGGCAACUGCAUUUACACAGACAGCACAGAAGUGGCUGGGUCUUUGCUCGAACUUGCUUGUCCUGUGACAACCAGUGUCCAGCAGCAAACUCAGCCAGAGCAGCAGAUACAGGUUCAGCAACCCCAGCAAGUCCAGGUUCAGGUCCAGGUCCAGCAGUCACCACAGCAGGUCUCCGCCCAGCAGCUCUCUCCACAGCUUGCUGUCCAUCAGGCUUCAGAGCAGCCAAUACAGGUCCAAGUGCAGAUCCAAGGCCAGGCACAGCAGCAGGCAUCGCAGACAAUACAGAGUCAGUCUCUUCAGAGCCCCAGCCCAUCUCAGCUGCAGGCAGCUCAAAUCCAAGUGCAGCAUGUGCAGACUGCCCAACAGAUCCAGGCUGCGGAGAUACAGGAGGAGCAUAUACAACACCAGCAGAUCCAGGCCCAGCUCGUGGCAGGGCAGGCCAUUACUGGUGGCCAGCAGAUACAGAUCCAAACGGUUGGGGCACUGUCACCUCCACCUUCUCAGCAAGGCUCUCCGCGAGAGGGAGAGCGACGGAUCAGCACCGCUAGCGUCCUUCAGCCGGUGAAGAAACGCAAGGUGGAUAUGCCUAUUACUGUGUCGUAUGCUAUUUCAGGGCAGCCAGUUGCCACAGUGCUGGCCAUUCCUCAGGGCCAGCAGCAAAGUUACGUCUCUUUACGGCCAGACUUGUUGACAGUGGACAGUGCCCACCUGUACAGUGCCACUGGGACCAUUACUAGCCCCACUGGAGAGACUUGGACCAUCCCUGUUUACUCUGCUCAACCACGUGGUGACCUUCAGCAGCAAAACAUAACCCACAUUGCCAUCCCUCAGGAGGCCUACAAUGCCGUCCAUGUCAGUGGCUCGCCAACGACACUGACUACCGUGAAGCUGGAAGAUGACAAGGAUAAGAUGGUGGGAAGUACUUCAGUAGUGAAGAACUCUCAUGAGGAAGUGGUGCAGACUCUUGCUAACUCGCUCUUUCCGGCGCAGUUUAUGAAUGGCAACAUCCACAUUCCAGUGGCAGUGCAGGCUGUGGCAGGGACAUACCAGAAUACAGCACAGACAGUGCACAUAUGGGACCCACAGCAGCAACAGCAGCAGCCCACACCCCAAGAGCAAGGGCAGCAGCAGCAGCAGCUACAAGUCACUUGCUCAGCUCAGACUGUUCAGGUUGCUGAAGUUGAACCACAACCACAGCCACAGACUUCACCUGAACUUCUACUUCCAAAUUCUCUGAAGCCAGAAGAAGGGCUUGAAGUGUGGAAAAGCUGGGCACAGACUAAGAAUGCAGAGCUGGAAAAAGAAGCCCAAAAUAGGCUAGCACCUAUUGGAAGGCGUCAGCUGCUGAGGUUCCAGGAAGAUCUCAUCUCUUCAGCUGUGGCUGAGCUGAAUUAUGGUCUGUGCUUAAUGACACGAGAAGCUCGAAAUGGCGAUGGUGAACCCUAUGACCCAGAUGUGCUCUACUAUAUCUUCCUGUGUAUUCAGAAGUAUCUCUUUGAAAACGGUCGAGUCGAUGACAUCUUCUCAGAUCUCUACUAUAUUCGGUUCACUGAGUGGCUGCAUGAAGUUCUUAAGGAUGUACAGCCUCGUGUUUCCCCUCUUGGUUAUGUCCUCUCCAGUCAUGUAACAGAAGAAAUGCUGUGGGAGUGUAAGCAGCUAGGAGCUCACUCCCCUUCCACCUUGCUCACUACCCUGAUGUUUUUUAAUACAAAAUAUUUCCUGUUGAAAACAGUAGACCAGCACAUGAAGCUGGCCUUCUCCAAGGUAUUGAGGCAGACCAAGAAGAACCCUUCUAAUCCCAAGGACAAAAGCACGAGUAUCCGCUAUCUGAAGGCUCCUGGCAUGCACCAGACAGGACAGAAAGUUACAGAUGACAUGUAUGCAGAGCAGACUGAGAAUCCAGAGAACCCCCUGAGGUGUCCGAUAAAGCUGUAUGACUUCUACCUCUUCAAAUGCCCCCAGAGCGUGAAAGGCCGGAAUGACACCUUUUACUUGACACCGGAGCCAGUGGUGGCCCCCAACAGCCCUAUCUGGUAUUCCAUCCAGCCGAUCAGCAGAGAGCAGAUGGAGCAGAUGCUCACCCGGAUCCUGGUGAUACGAGAGAUUCAGGAAGCUCUUGCCGUGGCUAACGCCAGCACCAUGCACUAAGGCAUCCUUCUUGGCUCAGAAGGGGUGGGGCAGGGUGACGGGGGAGGGACAAGCAAAGAUAAAUUGUACAGACUUUUACACUAAAGGAGAUGCCUAAGUUUUUGGUUUUUUAUUGGUGUAGUUAUGAAGCCCUUUUAGGCUUCUUCUCUUUAAAAGAAUCUAAAGGAAAACCUACCCAUUGUGUAUCCUAUCCUACACACCAAACUGUUGGAACCAUUGGAGGCUGCAUAUUCCCUGCGAGCUGGGAGCUAUGGAAAGCUGCUGGUUGACUCUGGUCUUUUUUAUGAUGUAGAAAACAUGGAACUACAGGAUUGGCCUGGAUGGCUGGGGCCUCUGUCUCCUUGAGCACAUGCAGCCUAGAGGGCACAGAAUGAUGGAUGGACCUGCUCAGCCAGUGGAGGAGAGGCAGGCAUCUUCUUUCCUUGUGCUUGGACGUUAAUUUGCUGUUAUCUUGGAAGGAAGAGGAGAGAGUGAACUGCAAUUGUGAUUUAUACAAAAACACCCAACCCCCCAAACCAACGAUUUCUAUUCAAACCUUUAAGUGACAUUUUUAGAUGUUAAAAGUACAAACUUUACCACACUCUUCUUUUUUGGCCUAACAUUGAGGCCUUAAACCUUGAGGCUCCUGUGCCUGAUGGAAUUCUUGUAACAUACACUUGUGUAUCAUAUAAAGAUACCACCCUGUUUCUCUUAUGUAUUCUUACUCUAGUUGUUUAUUAAGAAUGACGAGCACGUCUUUUCAACAUGCCAUUGAACAAUGUGUCUUUAUUUGGGGAAGAGUGAGCUGUGAGGGUGGGGGGGGGUCAUUAUACAAAGAUCAGUAUGCAAACUGGUUGUUCUCAUCCCUGUUUGUGCUUUCCAGCGCCACGCCGCUGGACUUUUCACCCCUGCAAAUCAAGAAGGUAGAAGGGGAUUAACUUCUGUUGAAGGACCUGAAUGUCUGCUUGCUGAUGGAAGCUCAUUGUCAGGCUAGGAACAUGGGGUCUGUGAGACCAGGUCAAACUGUCCUAAUGUUCUGUGGCCAGCCUGUGAGGCUUCACCCCGAGGCAAAUCCCCCUCUCCCCACCUUUACAAAAGCAUCACACCAACGGCAUGAUUGGAGGGGUGUUGGAGGGAAAAGGCCUUCCAGGAGCAGCAUGUGGCUUACUCCUGCCUUUUCACUGUUUCUAACACAGCUGUGUAGCUUCUGGCAUCAUUCAUGAUCAUAAACCCCAGCCCUGUAGACUUGCCUUGCUGCAUCUUAAAUGGUUGCUGUAUUUUAUAACAUUAACAAGUAGUCUGCUCUUUUGAAGCCAGCAGGUAGCCACCCGUGCUUGAAACGGAGAUCACUCUAGCCAGGCUUUAAUUUGUGCCACCAGCUUCUUGGGUGCAGAGGUAACUCUGCUUCUUGAACUUGUCUUCCCUGCUUCUCCAUCUCCUAUUCCUUCCCUGUUUGAAAAUACAAAAAACACCUCUAUCUAUUUAAAAUAUAUAUUACAGUUAAAAAAAAAAACUUGUGUACAGGCAAGCAAUUUUUCUGAAGCUUCUGUUGGCCAGCACCUGUCUCUAUUGAGAAGGAAGGUCUGCUCUCUCUGUCAGUUGUCUACAGUGUAAACAAGACAGUAUUCCCUGUCCUUGUGCUCCUGAGCAGUGCUGAGGUGGGCUUAGAGACUUCAGGUCUCUGAUGCUUCAUAUUGACAUUGGUGUCCAUGAGGAAGCAGAUGUGCUUGGGCUGGUUGUCAGUAUGAGAAGCUUGUUCCCUGUAUAGGGCUCUGUGCAGAGAGGUGGGGUUGUUCACUGGUACCUGUACUCUAAGGCAGACUUUUAGUUCAGUGUCUGCCCUCAAGAGUUAUGCCAGGGGAAAACAGCCUGGGAUUGGUGCCCGGAUCCCCAUGGGUACAUCGAGAAGGUAGUACCUCAGUAGUGUGUAGUGCUAGCAACACUCAGUUCAGCCUUUGGGAGCCAGCAGCUGCUCCUGGUAGGGUGGUUUUCAGAAUUGCUAAUACUGCUUCAGCUGUGAGAAGCCUGUAAUGCCUUUACCAUUUCUCAGUGACUGGAAUGGCCACCUCUGGCCCUGAUUUAAGUACAUAAGGACAUGAUUAGGGACAAGCUCCUGCUGUUUCAAGCCCGCACAGAUUGGAUUUCCCAUUCUUCUGGGCAGUUUGUCCUGUCUUCUGAACAGAGUUGCAAAGACGUGAGGAAAAACUGCAGACACCCGUGCUUAAGUCCUGAUGUGUGCUCUGCAAUGCUGCAUGGGAAGCUAGUUCCAGCAUGCCUGCAUCUCAGCAAGAGCCUGCUGCAUUGUCUGUCUCCAUUCAAAGUGCAGAGGGUGUUGAAGUCAUCUGCCAAGCACUCAGUCACUUCAUUAGGUAGUCUUGGGAGUCACCUCUUGCUCUAAAAACUGCCAGAAGCUGGAAUAAUUUGACAGCAUAUUAGAUCAGUUCCAAGUUGGGGGUGAACAAAUACUUCAGCUGAGCUUUCUGGGGAAAAAGAAUUCCAUGUUACCUUCAAAUUCUAGAUUGUGGAAAGACUUUUCCCUACUACCCUUAACUGCAGGAUGAUCUACACUCUUUGUAGGGGAAGAGUUCUCCAUCUUGGAGUAUACCACUUAGAAGCAGGGGAACUUGGACACAGUGAGGUGUAGAGAUCUCCUGAUGAUGGGCUUUGUCCUGACUGAAGUGUUGCCAUUAUUUUCUCAUUCUUUGGACAUACCAGAAGAGAGAUUUACUCACAACAGAAGUGGACUGCCGUACUGUUCUGUACUGUCUCAUUGAUGUCCACCACGUUAACUUCAUCCCCUAUUUCUAGAGACAAUCGAUAUACUGUGACUUAAGGAUUAUUUUCCUGCACCUGGCUUCUAGUCUGGCUCUCCAGAGCUAGUUUCAAAGGUACAGUAUUUCUAGAAUACAAAUACUAUGUUCUUUGAUAGUGAAGAACACAAUCUGCUCCCUUUUAGGGGCUCAUAGGCAGAUGUGCACAGAGUAGCACAGAAGAGUGCUGUGGCUUAGGAUUGCUAUCCAAGUUCUGGGAAAUGUUCCCAGUCAAACAUGUAAAAUAGCUUUUUAACACUUUCCUAUAACCAGCUUGACUGCUGCUUAAAGGGCAUUUCCCCCUCGGCUCGGAGUGCCAAACCGCCAGCUCUUGUGCGUGUGUGUAUAUUACAGGAGAGCUCUCCAUGCCCCAUGCCUAUUAUGAGACAGGUUGAAAAUGCAUCAAUUUCUACAUGAAUGAAGCUGAGAAGUUGUUCUAGGGACCCUGCAUUGCUGGUUUUGAACUCUGCCCAUCUUGUCCCCACAGUGUGAAGGGAACCAUAGAAAGCAGUGCAUGACUGACUACUGUAAAGCACCUCUCAUUCUGACGUAAGACUCAUCUGCUGUCCUAUCUCUUGACACUAAUAGCAUUGCUUCUCUAAGGAAACCUGUAGCCUCUUACACACUUGUCAAUGGCACCAUUAGAUUUUCAUUUACUUUCAAGCAUUUCCUCUAAGUGAUAAUGUCUGAAGAGCAGAGAGCAACCUAGAGAGUUGUUCUUCCUUCCUGACUAGAGAGGUGAGGAAAAGGAACAAUUCAAGUAACAGGGCUGUCAUCUGUUGGCUGUUUCACACCUAGAGAUCUGGAUUUUUAGGUGGGAGACAAGGUCUCAAGUAGUUCCUGUUCUGCCUUGAAGCAAUGAAAAGCUAGUCUGAUCCCUAAAUAAGAAUAGUCUUUGGCACUGUUUCUAGGGCAUAUAUUAAGGUAGUCUUGUUCUCAGAUGCACCAGAGCUGCUUUCUGCCUUAGUGUAUGUAGAAUGGCUUAGGUCAUCUUCAAGUCUAACAGCAUCUUGUGCUGUUAGAACUGGUAAAAAAAUGGUAGGAAAGAGCCCUCUGAGCAUUUGUAGGGUGGAAGACUUGCUGAUAGCUCAUCCUCUUGCUGGUCUGAGUUCUGCUAGACAUUGACCGACUCUGCACAGCCCAACCAAACUGCAUUCUCAUCCAAGUUUUAUAGUGACUUGCAAUUAAUGUUUGGACUCUUAAAUCACUGUUAAAGAGGGAUAUAAACUGUCUUCCACUCUGUACAGGGCUUUUCUCCCCACCCUCUUGCUGGAGCUGCUCCUCUCAACUACUACAGGGAACAUACCUUACCCUGAUGUUUCAGCCUGUUCUGUUUCACUGGUGCCAACGCAUAGGAAAGAGCCCUUCUUAACUCAAGCAUCUUCCUACCUUAAGGAACAUCUCAGAUCUUCCACAGAUCUUGCUGACAUGCUGCCCCAUAAACCUCUGAGGUGACUGCUGUGUCCCUUACUUGUCUAUUCCAUUUAUUGCAUGGCUGAAGCUCGGCUCUCAGCAAUGCAGUCACUUUCCCUGUAUAGCCUUGUGCAUGGCAGCCGCAUUUGCCUGCUUCUCUGUUCUUGUUUGAGCUCAUCAGAAUGGGGAGGCAGAUUGAACCCACUUACAGCAGCAAUAAAUUGUAUCUAGAACUUGAGGGAACUGUAGGAGAGAAUGAGGUGGAGAGGGUGUCUUGGAAAGGCAGGGUCCAGUUGCAGCCCAGAGCCUUGCUUGAUAAUGAGUGUGCAGCCUAUAUGCAAAUUAUGUCUUGUCUGUCCCUCCUGUGUUGACCCUGGUCUAAACAGCACAUGUGAUUGGCAUCCUGCAAAGUGACCUUCAGGACUCUCCAGUAGCUUUGCCCCGUGAGUAACUCACACUACAAAUCAUUUUAAAGAGAUGCACUCAACUAUUUUUUUAAUUUAAUUUUACUCUUAUAUUCUCUGCUCUUUGUAAUCUGCUUGGAAAUAAAAUGUUUUUCCCUGCAGCCUUUGUUGUAGUCUGUUUGAGAACCAUUAAACUUUUGUGUGGUGUUUCUAUUGGAACAGAAGCCAACUUGCCUGUUUACUGCCGUGCCGGUGCUCAAGCGUUAACAGCCGAGAUCGGCUUAGCAGACCUUUGUCCGUGCUGCCCUUAUUUACAACAAAGGGGAGCGAGAC